CGGCACCGGGACCGGGCAUGGCGGGGGCCGGCUGGGCCCCGCCGCGCCUCGAUGGGUUCAUCCUCACCGAGCGUCUCGGCUCCGGUACCUACGCCACCGUCUAUAAAGCCUACAGGAAGAGGGACACCCGUGAGGUGGUGGCCAUCAAGUGUGUCAGCAAGAGGAGCCUCAACCGAGCGUCGGUGGAGAACCUGCUGACAGAGAUUGAGAUCCUGAAGGCCAUUCGCCACCCACACAUCGUGGAGCUCAAGGACUUCCAGUGGGACAGUGAGCACAUCUACCUGAUCAUGGAGUUCUGUGCUGGGGGGGACCUGUCCCGCUUCAUCCGCAUGCGCAGGAUCCUCCCCGAGAAGGUGGCGCGCAUCUUCCUGCAGCAGCUUGCCUGCGCCCUCCAGUUCCUUCACGACCGCAACAUCUCCCACCUGGACCUCAAACCGCAGAACAUCCUCCUGAGCGCCCCGGAGAACCCCCAGCUGAAGCUGGCAGAUUUUGGGUUUGCCCAGUACAUGUCUCCGUGGGAUGAGAAGCACGUCCUGCGGGGCUCCCUGCUCUACAUGGCCCCCGAGAUGGUCUGCCGCCAGCAGUACGAUGCCCGGGUGGACCUCUGGUCGGUGGGAGUCAUCCUUUACGAAGCGCUAUUCGGGAAGCCUCCCUUUGCCUCCCGCUCCUUCGCCGAGCUGGAGGAGAAGAUCCACAGUGACCGGGCUGUGGAGCUGCCCAGCCGGCCCCGGCUGUCCCCGGAGUGCCGAGAUCUGCUGGGACAGCUGCUGGAGAGGGACCCUGUGAAGCGCAUCUCCUUCGAGGGCUUCUUUGCCCACCCGUUCGUGGAUAUGGAGCACGUCCCUGGCCCCGAGAGCCUCCGCAAGGCGACUGACCUGGUGGUGGAGGCAGUGAAGAAGGAUCAGGAGGGGGAUGCUUCAGCUGCCCUCUCCCUCUACUGUAAAGCCCUGGAGCAUUUUGUGCCAGCUCUGCACUAUGAAAGUGACGCUCGCCGCAAAGAAGCCAUCCGGGCCAAGGUGGGGCAAUACAUCUCCCGAGCAGAGGAGCUGAAGGCAUUGGUCACCUCCAGCAGCAAGAACCUCCUGCAGCAAGGGAACCCAGCCAGAGAGCUCCUGAAAGAGAUGGCCAAGGACAAGCCUCGACUGUGUGCUGCACUGGAAAUGGCUUCUGCUGCCAUUGCUAAGGAAGAGGAGGGCAAAGACGAUGGUGACACCCUGGAGCUCUACCAGCAGAGCCUGGGGGAGCUGCUACUACUCCUAGCUGCGGAGCCUGUGGGGAGGCGACGGGAGCUGCUCCACGCUGAGAUCCAGACCUUGAUGGCCCGAGCCGAGUACCUGAAAGAUCAGAUCAAGAUGCGGGAAGCACAGUCCAUGGGCAAGGAGGCACUGGCAGAGCCCGUCCGGAGCACCUGUACCUUGCAGUGAUGCCCAGCAGCUGGCUGUCGGGAUGCUGCUCGCCGCCACACAGAGAGAUGCCAGGGGCAGGCCGGAGGAAGGACGAGGCUCUCAUCCCCACCCUAUUGGAGUAACUGCCUUAGGGGGGCAUUGCCCUUGGGCUCCCACUCUGGAGGGUCCCAUGGGUGGGUCCACAGGGCCAUCUGCCUCUCUCCCUGGGGGCUGGCAUCGACUCCUUUCCCGGCCGUCUGCAGCCCUCGCUGCCGGCGCCGGCCAGGUUAUUCCACUCUAAUUCCCUGCGCUGGCUGUGCCAGCCUGGGUAUUUUUAUCCUGGCACCAGGCUUCGGCAGAACGUGCGCCCUGCCAGCCUCGUACGUCUCUUGCCUUUUCAACUGGACAUUUCUGCCACCUCCCAGACUCUGGGGGAGCCUUUGCACAGACCCACGGCAGCUGCAGGCUGUUGGUGACGGCAGCAGGCAGGGGGUUGGGGACGCUGCUUGCGCCUUCCCUCGCUGUGCCUUUCUCACCCAGCAACUACCUCUGGGCACCCAUCACUGCUGGGCAAGCCUCCAGCACCCAUCUGCACUGGCCCAGCCCAGCUGUACUCCUCCCUCUUGCUGCUGGACCAUCAGGGCUGAGGCUUUUGCUUCCUAACUCUGCCUACUCCGGAGCCUGGUGGGUGGUGACUGCAGUCCUCAUUUGUGUCAUGAGGUGUUCCCAGUGCUCAGCGGGGACGAAUGGGUUGUGUGUCCUCCUCCAUGGGUCAUCGAGUGAAAGAGAGGGGCAGGAAUCAAUCACCUUCAGGGACAGUCACAAGGCUGCAAAGGGCAAUACCUCCCCCCAGGCAGAGCCCCAGCACCCUGCCUGCUCUGCUCCUCAGGGCUCUGACACCCUGGACAUCCCAGCUGGGUUCCCAGGGGCACCCCAGCCCUACAGCACUCUGAGCCAGGCUGGGGAGGGCCACCUAUCCUGCAAAGCAUGGGGCUUGUCUCAAUCUCUACUGGAUAGCAAGGGAAUGUAAUUUAUUGUCUUUAAUAAACACUUGGG